UAUUAUCUUGAGAAAGAAAAAAAUAAAAAAAAUGUCUUCUCCUUGUUCCUCUUCUUCUUCAUCAUCUUCAUCGGAAGUAAAGAUCAUAUCAAAAUGCUUCGUGAAACCCAAGACCCUCCCUGAAAAAUGGAAAGAGCCAUACCAUUUUGCACCAUUGGAUCAUUUCGUUCUCACAAUCCAUUACAUCCAAAAGGGUCUUCUCUUUCUCAAACCAUCGUUUCCUGAAUCUGGCGAUGAUGCAAAAGAAGACUUCAUGCAGACUUUACUAGAGAAGCUCAAAGACUCGCUUGCCACGACACUUGUCCAUUUCUAUAUGCUCUCUGGUCGCCUCUCGUCUUUGAAAUCCGAAAGUCAAACAUCUCACUCAGUGUUUGUGGAUUGCAAUAACAGUCCUGGUGCUGGAUUCAUCCAUGCUGAAUCAGAUCUAAGUGUCUCAGACAUUGUUGGGUCCAAGUAUGUUCCUUUGGCUGUUCAUUCUUUCUUUGAUCAUCACAAAGCCGUGAACCGCGAUGGUUACACCAUGAGUCUCUUAUCAGUCAAGGUAACAGAAUUGGUAGAUGGAGUGUUUAUAGGAUUGUCAAUGAAUCAUUCGAUUGGAGAUGGAAGUUCCUUCUGGCAGUUUUUCAACUCUUUUUCCGAUAUCUUCAAUUCACAAGAAGACACCACUGAUAACAACAACAACAACAAAUUGCUCUGUCUCAAGAAUCCUCCAAUCUUUCGUCAUGUGUCCGGUCCAAUGUACAGCCUUCCCUUCAGUGAACCUGAUGAGUCCAUUAGUUUUUAUGAAACUCCGGUUUUGAAGGAGAGGAUGUUCCAUUUCUCAUCAGAGACAGUGAGGUGGCUGAAAUCAAAGGCGAAUCAAGAAUGUGGAACGACAGAGAUCUCUUCUUUUCAGUCGCUAACCGCAUUCAUAUGGAGAAGCAUUACAAGAGCAAGAAAACUACCAAACGAUCAAGAAACUACUUGCAGGGUUGCUGCUGGCAAUAGAUCAAGAAUGAAUCCACCACUGCCACCGAAUCACUUUGGGGUUUACGUUUCUCAUGUGAAAACGACUACGACGAUUGGUGAUUUAUUGGAGAAUAACUUUGGAUGUGCUGCUUUGAAGCUGCAUCAAGCUGUAUCCGAACACACUAUCGAAAAGAUCACUUACGAAUUAGAUAGAUUGUUGAAGUAUCAUAUAACGUUGGAAGAGUAUCGAAUGUCCAGUUUGAACAUUGUUCACAUGGGAAGCUCUCCAAGGUUUAACAAGUAUGGAUGCGAGUUUGGGAUGGGAAAAGCGGUUGCAGUUAGAAGCGGUUAUGGCGGUAAGUAUGACGGGAAGGUUUCAGCUUAUCCAGGAAGAGAAGGAGGAGCAAGCAUAGAUUUGGAAGUGUGUCUACUUCCGGAGUUUAUGGAAGCUUUGGAAUCAGAUCAAGAGUUCAUGUCUCUUGUUUCUUCUUCUUCCUCCUGAUCCUAUUCAUAUUUCCAGACACAAAACUCAAGUUGUUGCCUAUUUCAGACUUGAAGCUUUGGAAUCACAUAUUUUAACUA